UCGAAUCCGCGGAAGUCAGUUGGAGUAUUCGGUUCGCCUAUACAACAAGUGAUCCCGAAUGUGAAUUUGAACACAAACCGCAAGUUGAAUGGCGUCGAUAAAUAUGUUAUCAUUUCUGAUAAUAGCGAUAUGCAGCUCGCUUGGUCUGGCAAUCGACACAAAUUACCUGUUUAACUCGAAUUCGUUUCCAGAUGCCAGUGCCGUUCCCACGCUUUCAAAUGGAAAUCUCGGAUUUACCGUGUUCAGUGAUAGCGUCUAUCUGACUGGAGUUUACAAUGGACGAGGAUCGCAAAGCCAACGUGCCCGUAUUCCAAACUAUGCCAAUAUCCAACUGGAAGCAUGCAGCUAUCCGGAAACUAAUCCACCCUACUGUUCCUACCAGCUGGACAUUAAAUCCGGUCAAUUCCGAACGGUAUACGAUGAUCCGAAUAGACUUCUUCGCCUCACUCACAGUGUUUACCCUCAUCGUUACUUCAAUCACGUCGUUGUCAACAAUAUUCGAGUUCAACGGCUGAAUGCUCAAGGUCCACUGUACGCAAAUAUUAGACGAAAUGAGGGAUUACCAUCAGCUGACUUCUCCUUCGAUCCCGCUCAGUAUGUGGAAAUUCGUGAUCAGACAUUCAUGUAUCGAUGUGGUCCUACGAAUGAGGUCGAAGAUCCGAAGAUUGACACAGAAGGAACAACAGUGUGCAUAUACUACAGUGAAAUACCGACAACUCUUGUGGUAUUGGAAGAUCGCACCGCAGAGGACUUCAGUUUCUAUACCGUGUUUGCCCGGAGUCAAACAGAGGCUGAAAAUGAACUUCGUCUUUUAACGAUGAGCACGGCAUCAAACAUAAAUCGUAUACAGGAAAACUACAUGAGCGACCUGUGGAAUCAGUAUGGGAUUACUGUUGACGGAAACGAUGAACUAGACCGAGCGAUCAAGACCAGCGCUUUUCAUCUGUUGAGCAAUGUUCCGACACUGUAUACUCCUAAUUCUGUACAACCAUUCGGAAUAUCGCCUUCCGGUAUCGGACGAAAUGAUUUCCAAGGACAUGUCAUGUGGGAUUACGAUAUGUGGAUGUUCCCAAUAGUGCUGCUGAUUGAUCCGAUUGUUGCGCAGGAUAUGCUGACAUACCGGACGAGAAUCAUGCGAAACGCGGUAGAAAACAAUGCCAUAUUUAAUAACAUUGAAGGAUGGCAGUAUCCUUGGGCUUCUGCUUACACUGGAAUUGAGGUUACAUCGACUCCAGGAGCGGCUGAACUACAACAUCAUGUUACAGCAGACAUUGCCUUUUUUAUAAGGCUAUUCAUGCACGCUACGAACAAUUUGCCCUGGUUGAGAACAGAGGGGUGCGACCUGGCUUACAAUACUGCUCGGUUUUGGAAAAAUCGAGUAGUUUAUAACUCCGAUACGGAUAAGUACGACAUUCGUGCCGUAACUGGGCCAGACACUAUGAACCAAAACGUUACCAACAACGUGUUCACCAAUGUCGUUGCUGCUAAUAACCUGUUUCUUGGCGAUUAUGCUGGAUGCAUAUGCAAAUCUCUUCUGGGCAUUAAAGACGAAGAAUUGGAUGAAAUGGUUCGUACUGCAAGAAGUUUACAUUUGAUGUACGACUCAGAUAACGACUUCAAUCCAGAAUUUGAGGGAUACACCGUCGGACAGUCAAUCGCUGAAGCUGAUGCCGUACUGUUGGCUUACCCCCUAAAUCUUUUGAUGGAAAAUUCGACGAAGAGACAUAAUCUGAACACCUACGGACCCGUCACGGCGGCAAGUAGUUCAGCAAUGACGUGGUCGAUGCACACCAUCGGAUGGCUCGAGCUGGAUGAACCGACCUUAGCCGCGGAAAAUCUUCGUCGAAGCUAUCAACCGUAUCUUCGUCCGCCGUUCAACGUCUGGAAUCAGGGUUCCACCGAAUUCCCCGGAGCGUCAAACUACGUUUCCGGCGCUGCCAGCUUUUUGCACGCAAUAAUAAACGGCUACGCUGGAAUCCGACUACGGGAUAAAGAAAUGGUUAUCAACAGACCACGGUUACCACCUGGAACUACGCGUCUACUCAUUCCGCAGAUUAACUUCAACCGGUUUCGAUUUUCGCUGGAGGUACACCAAAACGGAACCUUUACGAUCCAACAGAAAGCAUUUCCCACUGCCCCUAGUAUACUCUUGACCAUCGAUGGUUUGAGUAUCAGAGCAUGUGGCAUCAACACAGAAUGCACUUUUCAUGGAACUCACACGGCUUACCUCGCUCUGACGGAAUUCGAUUCAAGUUGUACACUGAAGCCGACCAAGAUGAAUAUGAAACUUUCCGACCAGAACCACGGAGUGAUAGCUAGAUUAAGUCCAAUGAUUUUCGUUACUGUUGUGAUUGCAUCGGUUCUGAAUAAAUUUCACUAGAUUGCAACAUAAAUUGUUAUGAAGUUAUGAACUUCUACCAUCGAUC